CAUAGCAAGAAAAGAAAACCUGGGCUACUCAGCAAUUCAAUAGUAAUGGCAGCAAAUCACAGCACCAUCAUCCUCAGUCAAAAUCCAGAAGAAGCCGAAGAACGACAACAAGAAAAGGAAGAUUAUGGAGUAUUAUUAUACUACAAAUACUUCAACACCCCCAUUCCCGACCUCCAGCAUCUCCUCGACUUUUACAAUUCCAACUGCAACUCCCUCUCCCUCCUCGGCCGCGUUCGCCUCUCCCCCACCGGCGUCAACGUCACCGUUGGUGGGAAAAUGUCGGCACUAGAGAAGCACAUUGAGGCUGUGAAGUCUAAUAGUUUGUUCGAAGGGACAGAUUUCAAGCUUGCAUCUUGUCAUCAACCUUUGAAUGACAAGGUUGCCAGAGAAUGCGGGUUCACUUCACUCUCAGUCCGGAUUGUUAAGGAACUCGUCACUUUAAGUUCAAAUCCAUUAUUGAAGUCACCAGAAAUUUCAAAUGCCGGGAGGCAUCUUUCUGCAGUUGAGUUUCAUUCUGUCCUUCAAGAUGCUGGAAAAAUUCAAGAUAAAUCUAAUUCAAGUUCUGAUAGGAGGCUAAUCCUGUUAGAUGCAAGGAAUUUGUAUGAGACUAGAAUUGGGAAGUUCCAGAAUGUAAAUGUGAAAACUCUGGAUCCCCAAAUUCGGCAAUAUAGUGAUCUUCCAUCUUGGAUAGAUGAUAACUCAGAGCAACUGCGAGGUAACAGUAUUCUUAUGUAUUGCACUGGAGGAAUAAGAUGUGAGAUGGCUUCAGCUUAUAUUAAGUCUAAAGGUGUUGGUUUUGAAAAUGUAUUUCAGUUAUAUGGUGGCAUUCAGCGUUACUUGGAACAAUUUCCAGAUGGUGGUUUCUUCAAGGGAAAGAAUUUUGUUUUUGACCACAGGGUAUCAGUUGGAAGCUUAGAUUCAGAUGUUUUAGGCACCUGCCUCCUUUGUGGCUCUUCAUAUGAUGACUACUCUUCACGAUGCCGAUGCAGAUAUUGUAGGAUGCUUGUCUUAGUCUGUGAUGGAUGUCAGAAAAAGAGUCCAUCAUAUAUCUGUGAACUGUGCAAAAGGAGUGGUAAAUGUGUUGACUCAGUCUCAGAAAUGGAAGAUGACAAUUCAGAAGCAUCUGAACCAGCAGAAAUCAAACUUGUUAGCAAUUCAAAUCAAAGAAAAAUUCCAUCUUCCCCAGCAUUGGUGAAUGGUUCUAGGACCUCAAAAAGGUUGAGAAUCCUGUGCUUGCAUGGUUUUCGACAGAAUGCUUCUGGUUUCAAAGGAAGAUCUGGAUCGCUAGCAAAGAAGCUAAAAGCUUUAGCAGAGCUUGUUUUUGUUAAUGCACCUCAUGAAUUACCCUUUAUAUACCAACCUUGUUUGGCGGACCAUCAUAAUGGUAUAUCACCAUCCCAAGAUCCAUGUCCUCCAAAAGUUUGCAGUAAAAAGUUUGCAUGGCUGGUUGGCUCUGAUUAUCAAGGAAAAAGUGAUGCUGGAUGGACUAUGGCUGACGUUCCAUUUGACUUGCUACAGUACCAACAACAGACAGAAGGUUUUGAUGCAUCGCUUGCUUAUUUGAGAACUGUAUUUUCUCAAGCUGGUCCAUUUGAUGGAAUCUUGGGAUUUUCACAAGGGGCUGCAAUGGCAGCUUUACUUUGUGGUCAACUAGGGAAGCUCAAGGGUGAUGUAGAUUUUAGAUUCGUGAUCUUGUGCUCUGGCUUUGCCAUUAACAUGGAGGGGUUUCAGCAAGGAUCAAUCAACCUCCCUUCCCUUCAUAUAUUUGGCAAUGGCAAAGGUAGAGACAGGCAAAUCAACAGCCAAACAAGCAGACACCUUGCUUCAUUAUUUGAAGAUGGCUGCUCAGAGAUCAUUGAGCAUGACUUAGGUCAUAUAAUUCCUACACAAUCACCACAUAUUGAGAGGAUAAAAAAUUUUCUUCAACGUUUCCUAUGAUUGAAAAUUGUCCUUGCAGGAUUUUGAUGGCUGGUCUCUGCCCUUCUUGUAAACUAUGAUUUGUGCCCUUUUGUCUGAGAACUACUAUCGAAAUCUGUUCAGUGUAGUGUGCUCGAUUGGAAAUUUUAGAAUCUGUUUGGAUUGUCAACCUCUGGGAAAUUUUUCAAAGAAAAUUUCCCUAUACACGUUUUCAAUCGUUUUUUUAUCUUACAUACAUUAUAUUGUUGUUGUAA